AUGUUCAAGAAAUUUGAUGAUAAAGAUAGUGUGAUAGGUAUUCAACAGUUAAAAUCGUCUGUCCAAAAAGGUAUUCGAACAAAAAUUCUUGAUCAAUAUCCAACACUAGAGGAGUACAUAGAUAUGAUAUUACCUAAGAAAGAUGCACUUAGAAUCGUUAAGUGCCAAGAUCAUAUUGAAAUAAUUGUUAAUUCAGCUGGUGACUGUUUAUUUUUUCGGCAUAGAAAUGGCCCUUGGCUGCCUACACUGAAACUUCUUCAUAAAUAUCCAUUCUUCCUUCCUAAAGAACAAGUAGACUUAGGUGCCAUUAAAUUUGUUAUGAGUGGUGCCAACAUUAUGUGUCCUGGUUUGACUUCGCCCGGAGCAAAAAUUGAGCCUGUUCCACAAAAUACAAUUGUAGCUGUUAUGGCAGAAGGCAAACAACAUGCUCUAGCCAUUGGAAUUACUAGUCUUUCUACAGAUGAUAUAUUAAAAGUGAAUAAAGGAGUUGGUAUUGAAAACUGUCACUAUUUGAAUGAUGGUCUUUGGCAAAUGAAAGCUGUGAAGUAA